CAGAAAAGUAAAUUCCAUCGCGGAUGGAGCUAGGGUUUGUCUUUCUCCUGGAAACAAUUCACGACAUAACACAAGGUUCUCAAUUCAUAUUCAUCUCAUUCUGCAAGGCUUUAGGGUUUUAGGUUCACAAAAAUCUUUCUUCAGCAAGCUCGUUUGGAAGCCUGCAGCAAGCUCGUUUGGAAGCCUGCAGCAAGCGAUGCCUCCACGAAUCCUGAAGCGCGGAGCGGCGGCAUCUGGAUCUAAGAAGGGCGGUAGAGCCGCGCGAGGGACCAGCAAGACCCAGAAUCAUCAGCCCGAAGCUGUCGAAGAGGUCCCAAAGAUAGAGGAAGGAACAAUCAUCGAUGAAAAGCCUGUUCUCCAGGAGAAGCUGGAGGUUGACGACAAACCAGUCGUUGAACGAAAGUCGGUUCUUGAAGCUGAUGAGGGAUCCAAAUCGAACCUUAAGAGCUCGUCAUCGUUGAAAAAAGAUGAAGAAGCAAAAGAGUUUGUUGAGGAUUAUGAAAAGGAUGAACGGUUAGAGCUUGAUGAUAAUGAGCAUGAAUAUGAACCUGAAGAAUACGGCGUUGAAGACUACGAUGAGAAGGAAAUUGACGAAGAUGAUGACCAGGGGGUUGGGGAGGAAGGGGUAGAAGAGCUAGAGGAAGAUAAUGGAGUGGAAGAGGAAGAGGGUGAUCUGGUGGUGGUGGAGGAGGAGGAGGAGGAGGAGGAACUGGAGGAGGUUCCUGAAGAAGUUGAGGUUGACGAGUAUGAUGAUCCUACUGGUGAAGAACAUACUGAGAUGGUAGAUGCAACUGAAGAGGAUGAGCACCAUGAAGUUUUUAAGGAGAGGCGCAAGCGUAAGGAGUUUGAGGUCUUUGUUGGCGGUCUGGAUAAGGAUGCCACUGAGAGCGAUCUUCGGAAAGUUUUCGGUCGAGUUGGCGAGAUCACUGAAGUGCGACUGAUGAUGAAUCCACAGACGAAGAAAAACAAAGGGUUUGCAUUCCUGCGGUUUUCUAGUGUUGAACAAGCCAAACGGGCUGUUACUGAGUUGAAGAAUCCAGUGAUUAACGGGAAACAUUGUGGUGUUAGUCCUAGUAAAGACAGUGACACCCUUUUCUUGGGAAACAUCUGCAAGACAUGGACGAAGGACGCUUUGAAAGAGAAAUUGAAACAUUAUGGAGUUGAUAAUGUUGAGCACUUGGCCCUGGUUGAAGAUAGUAACAGUGGAGGGAUGAACCGAGGGUAUGCUUUUGUGGAAUUCUCAUGUCGGUCAGAUGCCAUCGAUGCUCUUAAGCGUCUGCAGAAGAAGGAUGUUUUAUUUGGAGUUGAUAAGCGAGCAAAGGUUUCUUUUGCUGAUUCCUUCAUUGACAUUGGGGAUGAAAUAAUGGCACAGGUGAAGACUGUAUUUAUUGAUGGCCUUCCUUCUUCAUGGGACGAGGACCAUGUCCGGGAGCUAUUAAAGGUGUAUGGAAAGAUUGAGAAGGUUGAACUUGCUAGAAAUAUGCCAUCAGCCAAGCGGAAAGAUUUUGGUUUUGUCACCUUUGACAGUCAUGAGGCUGCAGUAACCUGUGCGAAAAGUAUCAACAAUGAAAACAUUGGUAAAGGAGAUAGUAAGGCUAAAGUUAGGGCUCGGUUGUCAAGGCCUCUUGAGAGAGGAAAAGGUAAACAUUUGAGCCGUAAAGAUGUUCGUCCUGGACGCCGAACUGGUAGCAGGGGUCCAUGGGUUAGGUCUGCCCCACGUAGCCUGACUUCCCGUUCGGUGAGAAUGGCUGGAAGUCGUAUCCCGCCACCCUCUGUGAGAAGGCAUGCUGGACCGCGAGAGCGUCAUGCUCCUGUGACGUCUGAACCAGCAAGAAGCAGGCCUCUGGCUCCUCCUCGGUCUUAUGAUAGAAGGGCACCUGUUCCAUCAUACCCGAAGAGUAGCUUGAAAAGGGAAUAUACUCGCCGUGAUGAAGUACCACCGCCAAGAAGCCGAGCUGCCAUUGAUUACUCUUCCAGGGAUAUUCCAGAGAGACGCCAAUCCUAUAGAGAUGAAUAUUCUUUACGAGGUUCUGGGUACCCUGAUCUUCCUAGAAGUAGUUCUCGUGGAUCUGCCAGGAGAGCUUAUGUGGAUGAGGCCUAUGUCCAGAGAUUUGAAAGGCCCCCUCCAAGUUAUCGUGAAGGACGUGCUCGUGAUUAUGACUCUUUCUCUGGUUCAAAACGUCCUUAUUCUAUGAUGGCUGACAUUCCUCCACAUUAUGCUGAUUCUGGUGCUCGUCAUUCGAGGGCUCGUGUAGAAUAUGAACUCGGUCCUGCUUCUUCUCAAUACGGGGAAGCCUAUAGUGAUAGUCGACUUGGUAGAUCGAACUUGGGAUAUGGGAGCGGCAGAAGUUCCAUGUCCAGUCAUGAUUCGCGUGGGAUGUAUGGCGAGCGACAUGGUACAACUUACGGAGGUUCUUAUGGGAGCAGUGAUGGUGGUGGAGUGUACCCUUCAAAUUAUGGUGGCGAUUACAUGUCUCGCAGGAGUGAUGUUGGAGGUAGUUCUUACUCAUCUAUGUACUCUAGUCGUGGGAUGGGCAGCAGCAGCGGUUACAUGGGUUCUGGUGAUUCAGGAUCUUACUACUAAUGUAAGUAUAAUCCUCACUCUAGUUUUGCAGCAACCUGUGAUUGUUUGCACGAUAUGGAGGUGUUCUUUUUUGUUUAUUGGGCAUCUUGGUUUGGGUGGUUUCGGUGUCUCUUCGGUUCCCGAGAGAUGUUUGAGAAAGUGGAAUGGAUGGUCACCACUUAAUUUGUGUAUGAAUAUGAUGACAGAGAUGCUGCUCUAGGAUGUUGGCAAUUUGGAGAUUAAAUCUGACAUUUGAGAUUCGUACACUUUGGAGAAAGCAAGCCUGUGAAGCUGUGCCCGAGUAUCAUGUCAGAGAAGUUAUCUAGAAGUUGUAUAGAAAAGGGACUGAUUUGGUUCAAGUCCUGUGAUAUACACAUUGGAUACAUUAUAAAGUUUAUGGUGUAAACUCCAGCUGUAGAAAUGAAAAUGGGAACCUGUGAUAUUCAUGUAUGCGGUUGAUCUGUUUUAUUUUACUAUUCAGCUCCUAUCUGAUGGAGACGGCACACUCGGAAAGAGACCGAGGUUUCCCAGUAUUGCAAAGAAUUUAGGUGUGUUUCCAGUGGAGUGAUAGGAUUUGGUGGAGUGCUGUUGGGCUUCGUUCGAUGUACUUUCUGUAGUAUUUCGUGCUAGCCUCGGUUAUUAAAAUUAAAGGGAAGCA